CGCAAUAUGCUGACCUGUCUCCGUUUGCAGUUGCGCAGAACAAAAACGUUUCGUUUAUAACUUAGCUGCUAUAUUUUUCACUCAGUAGCAUAUACUUUAAGUGUCUCAUCAGAGGACAAGAGUCACAUGUGGACGUCAGCUGGACUGGAAUAAACAGGAAGUUCAUAUAGCGGGACGCUUCUGCCAUAAGGGAAAAAAAAUGGCUCAUCUCACAGCACUUUUCAAGUAUAUCGACGAAAACCAGGACCUUUAUGUGAAGCGCCUUGCAGAAUGGGUGGGCAUCCAGAGUGUUUCUGCUUGGCCCGAGAAGCGUGGGGAGAUAAAAAAGAUGAUGGAGAUGGCAGCCAAAGACAUUGAGAAGCUGGGGGGGACAGUGGAGUUGGUCGAUAUCGGUAAACAGAAACUUCCAUCUGGAGAGGAAAUACCCCUGCCCCCCAUUGUUCUUGGGCAUUUGGGAUCAGACCCAGGCAAGAAGACCGUCUGUAUUUAUGGUCACCUUGAUGUACAGCCAGCAUGCAUUGAUGAUGGCUGGGACACAGAGCCUUUCACCCUUGUGGAGAAGGAUGGUAAACUCUAUGGAAGAGGAUCCACUGAUGACAAGGGUCCAGUGUUGGCCUGGUUUAACUGCAUUGAGGCCUAUCAGAAGAUUAAGCAGGACCUUCCCAUCAACAUCAAAUUCUGCUUUGAGGGGAUGGAGGAAUCUGGAUCUGAGGGCCUGGAUGACCUGGUGUUUUCACGAAAAGACACUUUUUUAAAAGAUGUGGACUAUGUCUGCAUCUCUGACAACUACUGGCUGGGAAAGACCAAACCCUGCAUCACCUAUGGUCUGAGAGGAAUCUGCUAUUUCUUCGUUGAGGUGGAGUGUGGUGGGAAAGACCUCCACUCAGGUGUCUUCGGUGGCUCUGUUCAUGAGGCCAUGACUGACCUUAUCGCACUUAUGGGUUCCCUGGUUGACAAGAAGGGGAAGAUAUUGAUUCCUGGGAUGUACAAUGAUGUGGCCCCUCUGACAGAAGAGGAGACAAAGCUGUAUGAGAAGAUUGAAUUUGACUUGGAUGAGUACUGCAAAGAUGUGGGAGUUGGGCAGCUGCUGCACAACACCAAGGAGCAAAUCCUAAUGCACCGCUGGAGGUACCCAUCUCUUUCUCUUCACGGGAUUGAGGGAGCCUUCUCUGAGGCAGGAGCCAAGACUGUUAUCCCCCGCAAGGUCAUUGGUAAAUUCUCCAUCCGUCUUGUCCCUGACAUGGAUCCAAAAGUUGUGGAGAAACAGGUGAUCGACUAUCUGCAGAAGAAGUUUGCUGAACUGGGAACACCCAACAAACUGAAAGUGUAUAUGGGCCAUGGUGCCAAGGCCUGGGUCUCUGACUUCAACCACCCCCACUACAUGGCUGGUCGAAAGGCCAUGAAGACAGUCUUCGGUGUUGAGCCUGACCUGACUCGUGAGGGUGGUAGCAUCCCCGUCACCCUGACCUUCCAGGAGGCCACAGGCCGUAACGUCAUGCUGCUCCCGGUAGGAUCCUCAGAUGAUGGAGCUCACUCUCAGAAUGAAAAGAUCAACAGAUCAAACUACAUUCAGGGAGUCAAGAUGCUGGGUGCAUACUUCCACGAGGUUUCACUGCUGGAAUAAAUGGAUAAUGUCUCUUCAUGUAACAUGUAAAAUGUGUUCAGAGCCAUAAUCAUUUUGGUACAACCUAUUUACCAUAGUAACAGAUUUUUCUACACUCUUCUAACAAUAAAUUUUUUUUCUUUGUUA